AAAGUUUAAGGUCAUUCAAUAAGCUUGUAUUGCACAUGUUUCCUUCCCAGAAUUGUUAAAAACAGUAACAAAGAUUGAAGCUUUCUUUCUCGUUUCUUAUCCGAUUUACACAUUGUGUCGCGUAAGAAUGAUUCCAGGCUCAAAGCUCCGAAUCACAAAUUUAAAAAAAGUUGAGGUCCAGCAUGAAUUUAGCUUUUCUUAUUUAUGUUACUUUUCAAUCUAAAAAGUAGCUCUUACGCGCUUUGGUUUUAAAAAAAGCAUUUACGAAAUCAAUCUUUGUUUACUAAAAUCAACGAAAUGUAAGAAACUAGGUACUAGCUAGUCCCUUGCUUAAUGUAUGUAUGUAUGUAUAAUUUUGCCAUCAAAUAAAUUACAAUUUAAAAUUAAGAAAAAAUAAAGAUCUAAUUACAGAUAUAUAAAAUUUACAGAUAAAAGUUAAAAACAUAGACUAAAAACACCCCCAGGUUAAAAAUGGCAGGGAUAGCAUUAAAAAGGUCAAUACGAUCUUGUUUCCAUAAUGGUCCCUCCAGAGGUGUUAUAAGAAAAUGUGUACAUUAAAAAUUGAUUUGUAUUCAAAACUAGGUGAAAAGUAAUUCUGGAAAAAUGUUAACUAGAACCUUACUUUCUUAAUACUUUCUUAUGAAAAUGCGUGUACCACGCGUUUUUAACUUCACUGAAUUGGUGAUCAACUCAAGCACCUUUCUUUUAAAGUCAGAAGUUUUUCUUGCAAAAACUUGCAAAGAAUCGAAACUGUUUGUUUCCUCUGACGUCAGCGACGGUGCGUUUUGUUUUUCGUUGUCGUUUACCCGUGCGGGGACGAAGUUCCGCUAAGUGUUAUGGCGUUUCCAUGGUGAGCCAGAAUGUUAGUUGUCGCGACACCUAACUUGGAGGGGGGUCGUUUGGAGAUUUAACCCAAAAAGUUUUAUGUUGCAAAGCAAACUAGGAACAAAUCAAAGUUUGUACAUUACUCAUUCAAACUUGAAUGGGAUAAAAAGACUGAUUUUUGUAAUUGCAAGCUCAAAGAUAAAGGGACAAUGGAGCUUUUUGAUGAAUAUUUGUUCAAGCUGCGGGUUUACUCACCCCCGGUUUUUUUGUUUGCUAGUGCAAAGAUCACCAUUUAGCUAUUUGAUCGCUGUUCGUGAAGUAAUUUACCGUUCGCUACACAAUGUUUGAACUCAAGAGAGCUUAAACAAGAGAGAUAAAUACGCUAUUACUUGGAAAGUUUGCUGUUUUUAAUUCCUUUGUUUUGUCAUUUGAAUUUGAAGAUGACAAAAUUAGUUACUCUUUUUAUAAAAGCCUUUCUCCCGAGAUUUCUCUUUAUCGGACAUGGAUUUGUGUGUAUUUGGUUUGCCUACAUGGUUGCCAAUAAUUCGGCAUGGUGGGCUUUUAGUGUCUGCCUUGUGUUGAUUGUCGUUGAAGGAGUCUACAACGUCCUCGUGAGGAAAGGAAAGGAGUUUGACUGGGUUUGUCCCAGUGCAUUCUUCUACACAAUUGUGCUUUUGUCUACUUUGAUCAGCCUGCGGCGAGACAUGGUGUCUUGCAUCACACAGGGAAUUUCAGAGGAUAGUUGUUUUGUUGUGAAUGCCGAAUCUGCAAAUGGGCUUACAAAGUAUAUUCUUGGAAGAAGCAUGAGUUGGAGGGCAAUGAUAAUUGAGCAGACAGGGGUCUUGAUGCUCAUUAUUGGCAGGUGGACUUUGCCAAAGGGAUCCAUUUCUCGCAAUCAGUUUUCACAGAUAAUUCUUAUCUACAUUGCUACAGCUGCUGACAUUGUUGAAUUCUCAGAGAUCUAUGGGGAAGAGAAAGUAUCCACUGUACCUGAAACCUCUAGCAUAUUUAGGGAUGUCAUGGGAAUAUGGGGUUGGAGCAUUUUGCAGUUUUCUCUUACCAUAGCAUUGCCUGAAGAAGGACUGAAACAGGAUGAUGAGGAAGAAGAUCUUUCAAAUGCUAAAUGGAGGCAAACAAAUCGGGUUGCACCAAUGUCAUAUUUACACUAUAAGUCCAUGCUUACCAAGGGUUGGGACACAGAAGCACAGAAGUCUGGUACAACUGAUAAUAGGGUUCAAUGGCGUGGUGGCAAGUUUGAGGUUGACAAGACUGGUCAUGGUAGUCCACAACAAGUAAUUGAUGAUUCGUCUGGGGAAGAUUCAAGCUGUUGUCUUAAAGGAGAUGAGCUGAAUAAGUGCAUUGCCAAGCAUUUAGAACUUAUUGCUUGCCUUAUACCUGUUCUUAUGCAAGAUGGACCUUUCUUUGCAUAUCGAAUGGUAUUGCUUAUAAAAUACAAAAUUGUUUCUUCAAUGAUGAUACUGCUGACCAUUAAAAAUGCUUUGGUGAUUAUAGUACAGAUAUAUCGUAUAAUGAUUUUGUAUUGUUAUGAGUCUGAUGAGAAUGAGCCAGAUAUAAAUGACCCAUCAGUCAGGGUUCAGACAGCUUUGAAAGGAACACAUGGAAUUUCAAAGCGAUCAAUAAGUACCUUUAAAGGAAGUGCUGCACUACAAGCAAUUUCUCGAAUGCAAGUGUCAUCCAAUCAACACAAAAAGACACCAGCUGUUGCAUAAGACUUUUCUAACUGUAAGGUGUUGUAAUGUAUUAGUUUUAGAAAAGAUGUGUAUAUAACAGUCUUCCAGUGUUUUGUCUUUUGGAUACCAUAGCAACAUGAAAAUUUUGUUUAUUGUGUUUGUAAAUGGUUUGUGUGCACUAGAAAAAGUAUUUGCAUAUUAACACAGUGAAGAUUUUUGAAGAACUAAUUGACUCUUGUUAGAUGAGAUUUUUGGCACCAUAGAUGAAGGAACCAAGGGGGACAGAGGCAUGUUCCCCCUACUUUUCAGAAACAAGGGUUAAGUAACUUCAUGCAGGCUACAGAGGUGUGUCCCUAUUUUGACUAUAUGUGCCCCCAGCUUUUGACAUGCUUCCUAUGCGACAGAAGUGAGUCAAAUUCCAUCUAAGUAAAAAGUAAUAACAUAGAAAUGCAUGUUUGAGCCCCUACAGCCCCCCUCCCUCCAAGAUACUUUGCCUCAGGGAACUUAAUAGUACUUCUUCCAGUUUCCCAACAGUAAAGACAGUACACAUUUUUUCAAUAUUGUUGCACAAACUUGAUGCAUCUUCUCUGAGGUGCUGUCUUGCAGAAAAAAUUAUAGAAAAUAUUUCACUUCCAUGUACUCUCAGUAGCUGGUUACUUGCAGCAGCUGCAGAGCCUUUUCCGUUCAUCAAAAAGGGUAUUUUACGUAUAAACAUGUUACGUUAAAAGUGGCUGUGUUGUUAAUAUGCGUAAGUCAGUGUUUAUAUUGUAAAUAUUAUAAAACAUGACAGAUGAUUCUAUUGUACAUUUUUAUACAUUAAAUCAGAUUCAAAAUGAUUCAGUAAUGAUGUUAUAUUAUGACUGUUAAAUUGAUGUUUUCUUGAAAUCAAUAAGAAUAUAGCAAAAUAUGCCUUUUGUGUUAUUAGUUUUCUAAGGCUGUGUUUAACGAUGCUGCUAAUUAAAUAAAUUUAGCUUGUGAUGGGGCAUGGAGUAGAUAGUGUUUGAUAUAUAAAUUAGGAUGCCAGUAAGUGAUCUGUAUAAGCAAUAACAAUUUUCUUCACAAUUUUAGACGUUCUCAAAAGCUAUGUAUCAGAUGCUGCAAAACUUUGAACAGACUGCCUUGUUUGAGGCUCUGACAAAAUUGCCUCUCCUCCCCCCGGAACUAACAUGUGUUAUCGAGCCUGAAACCCUUUUAUACAUAAAUUUUUCACAAUAGAUUAUUUUGGUGCGUGAUGCAUAGCACAUUUCAACAGAAAAUGAAAAACUAAGCUGUCGUGGCAUAAUAUUUUUGUUGACUUUUGUUGGCAGCAUUUUCUUUCUGAAAGUGAACUUGAAAGAAAAUAGCGAUUUGUAUGCCUAAUAUGAGAUUUUUUGCAUGGUUUCCACUCAACUUUAGGAUAAAGUAGAAACUAUAUGUUAUUUACAGCUCACCCUACACAGAUUUGUGUUCUAACAUCCUGUUGUUAUUUAUUUCCCAAUUCUUAAACAAUUUGUUUUGUUUCAUCUUAUUAGCUUCCUGUACAUAAAAGAAUUGCCCAGGGUAAAAGUUGCCAAUUAGCAUACAGUGACUUCAAAUCAGGGGGUAGCGAGAGGGGGGUGGCGAGAGGGGGGGAAGGAGCCUGGGCCACCUCAAUAUUUUAAAAUGUCCCCAAACAAAAGCAUUGGCAGAUCAUAGCGAGUUUGAAAACAUGCACACGUUGCCUCGUAACUCUCUCUCCCGUUAUUGUAUUGGUUUUUACAUAUUUAUGCAUGAAGUCAAAGUCCUAACUACCCCCAUGCUUCGAAUUGUGCUUGAUCACCUGCGUAAAACGAUAUGACCCUCAUUACAAUAAUUCAUACGCUCUCUACGUUUGCCCAUCCUUUAAGCUGUUUAUCCAGUUGACUGGAUAACGUGGAUAAUCAUGGGAUAAACGUACAUUCUUUUUUACAUUGGUAUUUUUAAGAGGUGGAAAUAGAAAAUUUUACAAACAUUCACAAUUUCUUUUAGCCCAUUCACCAGGUUUUCAAGUAACACGUAACAUAAACACGGAUCUUCCUUUCAUUUCUGCAAUUUUCCAAAAAAAAUUACUUUGGGCAAGAAAAUAUUUUAACUAGACUAGUUUUCGAUACGCUCAAAGACAGAGGACAAACUUUAUAAGUACGAGAUCCCUUCAAGCUCAAAAGACUGCCCUUUCUUUCCAUGUAUAUUUUUAAUCUCCAGCAAUGAUUUAAGUUGAUUUUGUGUUGGUUCUUCAUAUUAAUAUGGUACUGUAUUCAUAUGGUAUAAUAUCUAAAUUUGUAAAAUAUAGCUCGUAAUCUCAGUAUUUUUCAUUUACAAGUAUACAUCACAUUUUAUUUAAUCUUUAGGGUUCCUGUUUUCAUUGUAUUAACAAUUCAAUAAAAAGGACACUGGGCCAGAGAUUCUCAAUACCCUUAGCAACAUUUAAUGGAAAUAUUAACCCUACAAUAAACUUUAUAAUUGUUAGUUAUUUUCGUAUACUUUUAAAAACUGUUAUUAAAAAUUGUUGUUGAAUGAAAAGAAUCUGAU